AUGAUAGACAACCCUACUGCUACAGUUGGAUCGUCGAUUACAAAUUUAGUGAAGACCAUUGUUGGUGCUGGCUUAUUUGCUAUACCCUUUGCUUUCAAGAAUGAUGGUGUUGCAGUCGGGUUGUUAUUGAUCUUCUUGGCAGCAGUCACAUCUAGCUUUGGAUUAAUAUUACUUGCCAAAUGCUCAAAGACACUGAUAAACCCCAGGAACUCUUCAUUCUUCACUAUAUGUAUGCUUACGUACCCAUCUUUGGCUCCACUUUUUGAUUUGGCUAUGGUUGUACAAUGUUUUGGGGUAGGACUAAGCUAUCUAGUGCUCGUGGGAGACUUUUUCCCUGAUUUAUUUGGUGGUGAGAGGAAAUACUGGAUAUUGUUAUCUGCUAUACUUGUUGUUCCUCUAUGCUGUUUAAAGAAACUAGACAACUUGAAAUAUUCUAGUAUUGUGGGAGUGAUAGCACUUCUAUAUUUAUCGCUAUUAAUUGGGUUCAGGUAUCUAACAGAUGUUGCAUUCGCACCUGAGAUUAGUUUCGAAAGAGGAGAAAUCUCAUGGUUUAAAGUUUAUGAUUAUAAGGGAUUAUUGUCAACGUUUUCCAUUAUUAUCUUCGCUUAUGUCGGCGCUAUGAACAUAUUCACAAUCGUUAAUGAGCUGCAGGAUAAUUCCAUGACUAACGUCAGAAAGGUAGUGGAUAGCUCUAUUUUAAUAUCAACCAUUUUAUUUUUAUUUGUUGGUUUGUUUGGUUAUCUGACUUUUGGUAGUCUAACAAUGGGAAAUAUUCUUUUGAAUUACGACUCCGAUUCAUUAGCUAUCGGAAUAGGUAAAUUCUGUCUAGCUAUGAUGUUGAUUCUCACAUUUCCACUUUUAUUUCAUCCAUUGAGAACUGCGAUUAAUAACAUAGUUGUCUGGUUUAUCAUCAAAUUUGAGAAGUCGAGUCUUACGCCCGAAAUUUCAGCAAGGGAUUCUGAAGCUUCUAAUUAUGUCACAGCUGAAACACAUACCUCCAGACCCAUUAACUUAAUUAUUAAUGAUGAUGAAGUUAAUGAUUGUGAGGAAUUAAAUGAAGAUCUCUUGGACAGUAAUAACGUUAUAUAUCAGGAGCAUGGUCAUGAGGAAGAACCGCCCAAAGGUGGGCUGAAUGGCGUUGAGCAUGACGUCCCUUUCCCGGAGACAAGGUUUUAUAUAAUUACAGCAUUGCUUUUGGUAAGUAUGUAUGCAAUGGCUCUGAAUGUAAAGUCAUUUGCUUUAGUUCUUUCAUUAGUUGGUGCAACAGGAUCGACAUCAAUUUCAUUUAUUCUUCCGGGUUUAUUUGGUUAUAAGCUGAUUGGUACAGAUGCCUUGGCUAUUGGACAUACUAUGACUAAGGAGGACAGGUUAUACAGAAGGUUGAGCUUACUGUUGAUAUAUUUCGGUUUUGCCGUAAUGUUCCUGUCAUUAUAUGUCACCUUGAAGUAUCAGCAAUGA